AAAGCAUACUGUUGCGUCACUCAAUUCUCCUCCCAAGUUCGUCUCCGCAGAACCGUCGAAGUUGCCCUAAUUUUUCUGUCGUUCUUCAUUUGCAAUCCGUUCCAAUCCUCCUAAUCCAAAGAAAAUGAGCAGAAGGCAUUCGGUGAAUCGGCCUCCGACGCCGGACGUACGGGACGAUGACGAUGAUGAUCGAUCCAAGGAGCCUACGCUUCUCGAAAUUGUCAAUAUAAAGUUGAUAGAGAGUGGAGAGAAAGAGCGGAUGAUGGAGCUUGUAAGGGAAAGGCUUGUGGAGUGUGGUUGGAAGGAUGAAAUGAGAGCUCUCUGCAGGGCGUUUAUAAAGAAGAACGGGAAGGAUAACGUUAAUGUCGAUGAUCUUGUACGUGCAAUUACCCCUAAAGGCAGAGCUUCAAUACCAGAUUCUGUGAAAGCCGAGCUUCUGCAGAAGAUUCGAGCAUUUUUAGUAUCGGUCGCCCAUUAAUGUAGUGCCAAAGGAGAAAGAAGCAUAUCCCCUCAAAUUUGAUUAAUAUCUGUAAUAUUUCACCUAGCCAUCUUCACUCCAGGUAAUAUGUCGCCGUGCAUGCGCUUCUAUACUUCUACAAGCUCGGAAAGUUAUCUACACCAACACGGGAAUGGCAUUAGAAGGAUCAUUGAAGCGCGGUGCAGGUGUACAUACCUGGAGCUGUUUGUGUCCCCCGUAAUUAAAGCCAUCAAUUCCUUGUUGGCGACAAGUUUGUCGUCAUGGGUAGUAGUACUAGUCGCUAUAAACAACAAACUGAGCCCUAUUGCAGAUGAUAAUCCAGAAGGCAUAUAUCAUGAGUAGGGUAAGUGUUAUAUUGAA